GCGGUGUCUCUGGAGAGAAGGAAUGGGUGACGUUUCGGGUCGAGACCCUUCUUCCCCGACUAGACUCUUAAUGUCUCCGCACAUUUUGUUUCCCAGGCACUACCACAGCAUGGGCGAGUUCAGCCAUUAUGACCUACUGGAUGCGGCCACUGGCAGGAAGGUGGUUGAGGGUCACAAGGCCAGCUUCUGCCUCGAGGACACCACGUGUGAUUUUGGCCACCUGAAGCGCUAUGCCUGCACAUCGCACACUCAGGGGCUGAGUCCUGGUUGCUAUGACACCUACAACGCAGACAUUGACUGUCAGUGGAUUGAUAUCACCGACGUCCAGCCUGGGAAUUAUAUUCUAAAGCUCCAAGUAAAUCCCAAUUAUCUUAUCCCAGAAUCCGAUUUCACCAACAAUGUGAUCAGAUGCAACAUUCAUUACACAGGGCAACAGGUUGCCACUACAAAUUGUAAAAUAACACAGUCCUGAUCUUCAAGUUUUGAGUCUCAAAACACUGCCUCCAUACUGCUUGAUCUUGUCUCGUGGGGUGCGAACUUUAUCCGGGAGCGGCUGCGGUUUGGUAGCUUUCACAACCAAAGUAUCCAAGAGGUGUGCCGGGAGACCUGUGGACCUGGAGACGACCCCACUACAUAUAAACCUCCGCACUGACCCGUCAGCUAGCGCGUGCGUGUGCGUGUGUGUGUGUGUGUGUGUGUGUGUGUGUGGACAUCUGGAAAAACCACUCUAUUAGCACCCCUCGUUACAAUCUAGGCAUGCCCAUUAGGAAAACCAAUGACUCUGUUGCACUUUUCAUUAGAUAAGAAACACAUGCAAGUGUAGCCCCUAAGCCCAACUCACUCUUCCCUGCCUAUUGAAGAUCAGGGUUGAGCUUCCACAUCAGUACAUUCCUACAUUAUCUCCCAGUUAUUGGCCAGGAUCAAGAAUAUUCCCACUUUGGUCUUGAAUGUGCUGAACUUUGGCCCAUUUCCGAACAGAUUUUGGAUUGAAUAGAAACAUAGAAAAUAGGUGCAGGAGUAGAGGCCAUUCGAGCCUGCACCACCAUUCAAUAUGAUCAUGGCUGAUCAUCCAACUCAGUAUCCCAUCCCUGCCUUCUCUCCAUACCCCCUGAUCCCUUUAGCCACAAGGGCCACAUCUAACUCCCUCUUAAAUAUAGCCAAUGAACUGUGUGGCCUCAACUACCUUCUGUGGCAGAGAAUUCCACAGAUUCACCACUCUCUGUGUGAAAAAUGUUUUUCUUAUCUCCACAAUCAUGAGGUUCUGUGUUGGUUUAUCGUUAGCACUGAAUGAUUUAUUUAGUUAAUUAAGUUGAAUUGUUCCACACCGCCUCGGAGAGCCUGCCUCUUGCCUCCACGCUUAGCCUUCUUCUACUUAUUAAGGAGUAAUGCCCUUGUCCCACUUAGGAAACCUGAACGGAAACCUCUGGAGACUUUGCACCCCACCCAAGGGUUUCCGUGCGGUUCCCGGAGGUUUUUGUCAGUCUCCCUACCUGCUUCCACUGCCUGCAACCUCCGGCAACCACCUGCAACCUCCGGGAACCGCACGGAAACCUUGGGUGGGGCGCAAAGUCUCCAGAGGUUUCCGUUCAGGUCUCCUAAGUGGGACACGGGGCAUUAGACACACAGAAACAUUAACCUGUCUUUUCCCAUUUGAGUUGAGUUGAGUUUUGUUUAUUGUUACGUGUACGAGGUACAGUGGAACGCUUUAGUUACUUGCUGACCAGUCAGUAGAAAGACAGGCUCAUCGGUAGAACUACUGCCUCUCAGCGCCAGAGACCCGGGUUCGAUCCCGACUACGGGUGCUGUCUGUACGGAGUUUGCACGCUCUCCCCGUGACCUGCGUUGGUUUUCUCUGAGAUCCUCGGUUUCCUCCCACACACUCCAAAGACGUACAGGUUUGUAGUUUAAUCGACUUGGUUAUAAAUGCAAAAUUGUCCCUAGUGUGUGUGUGUGUGUGUGUGUGUAGGGUAACUGUGAGGGGAUUGUUGGUCUGCAUGGACUCGAUGGGCUGAAGGGCCUGUUUCUGCUCUGUGUCUCUAAGCUAUUCUAAACAAAAUACAUGAUUACAAUCGAGCCAUUCACAGUGUACAGAUACAUGAUGAAGGGAAUAACACAAAUAAUGUUUAGUGCAAGAUAAUGCCAGGAAAGUCUGAUCAAGGAUAGUCCGAGGGUCUCCAAUCAGGUCAGGACUGCUCUCUAUUAGAUGAUUAGUUUGCCCUCUAUUUGACUUGCAGCGAAUUGUGGACGCAGCCCAGACCAUCGCACAGACCAACCUCCCUUCUAUUUAUUCCAUCUCCACCUCACGCUGCCUCGGCAAGGCCAGCAGCAUCAUCAAGGACCAGUCUCACCCCGAUCACUCCCUCUUCUCCCCUCUCCCAUCAGGCAAGAGGUUGUUGCUUUCAAGAGGGAGCUAGAUAGGGCUCUUAAAAAUAGCGGAGUCAGGGAUAUGGGGAGAAGGCAGGAACGGGGUACUGAUUGGGGAUGAUCAGCCAUGAUCAUAUUGAAUGGCGGUGCUGGCUCGAAGGGCCGAAUGGCCUACUCCUGCAUCUAUUGUCUACUGGUAUAGAAGUGUGAAAACGCACACCUCCAGAUUCAGGGACAGUCUCUUCCCAGCUGUUAUCAGGCAACUGGAGGAACUCAAAGACGGUCAGGCAGCCUCUGUGGAGGGAAUGGACUGGGAAUGUUUUGUUUCGGGAUCCAUCCUUCAUGACGCAUUUACCCGGAGAGAAGAGAGAACCUCCUGUUAUUCCCAAGUCUCGGACCAAACUAGUGGUGGAUUGGUAAGUGCCGAUGUUGUUAACAUCUUAAAUCUAUUGCAUGCAACAAACGACCUUAGUGACAGAACUACUGACUCCCACACCAGUCUGAAGAAGGGUCUCGACCCGAAACGUCACCUAUUCCUUCGCUCCACAGAUGCUGCCUCACCUUUGAUUUUUCCAGCAUCUGCAGUUCUUUCUUAAAUAUUGGUGACAAAAAAUGUCACAUGAUUGAGAUGGGUGAUAGUUUGCCAUUGAUGUUAGGAAAGCUCUUUCUGAAAGCCCAAGUGUUAACAGCGUUGUUUCAAGAGUUGGGGGCGCAGAUCGAUGGUGUUUCAAAGUCGCGGCUGUAUUUUAACCGCACACAGCAAAUGCAGAAAGGGCCUGUCCAACGUGGCCGUCAUUCGCACGGCAUUUACGUGACCUUGUAGCGUGUGGGAAGCGUGGGACGGGCGCACGGAGUGGCGUGGAGUUGUGCGCGGUAUCGAACAGCGCGCCAGGAUUUCGUGCUGCACUAAAUCUUCCCACGCUGCCGGCCUGUCGCGUAAAUGACGGCCAAAGUGGGGCAGGGUGGCGUUUCGGGUCGAGACCCUUCCUCAGACUGAAACAUCAUCCAUUCCUUCCAGAGAUGCUGCCGGUCCCGCUGAGUUACUCCUGCAUUUUGUGUCUAUCUUCAAUUGAAACCAGCAUCUGCAGUUCCUUCCCACAGGCUAAUUUGGUCUGCAGCUUGCUACUUUUCAUUCGCCUGUUUUUUGUGAAUAGGGACAUUACAUCUGCAGUUUUCCAAAUCGCUAGUGCUACUCAAGAAACUGGAACAUUUUAGAAAAUCACCAUAUAACCAUAUAACAAUUACAGCAUGGAAACAGGCCAUCUCGACCCUUCUAGUCCGUGCCGAACACAUAAUCUCCCCUAGUCCCAUAUACCUGCGCUCAGACCAUAACCCUCCAUUCCCUUCCCGUCCAUAUAACUAUCCAAUUUAUUUUUAAAUGAUAAAAACGAACCUGCCUCCACCACCUUCACUGGAAGCUCGUUCCACACAGCCACCACUCUCUGAGUAAAGAAGUUCCCCCUCAUGUUACCCCUAAACUUCAGUCCCUUAAUUCUCAUGUCAUGUCCCCUUGUUUGAAUCUUCCCUACUCUCAGUGGGAAAAGCUUUUCCACGUCAACUCUGUCUAUCCCUCUCAUCAUUUUAAAAACCUCUAUCAAGUCCCCCCUUAAACUUCUGCGCUCCAAAGAAUAAAGCCCUAACUUGUUCAACCUUUCUCUGUAACUUAGUUGCUGAAACCCAGGCAACAUUCUAGUAAAUCUCCUCUGUACUCUCUCUAUUUUGUUGACAUCCUUCCUAUAAUUAGGCGACCAAAACUGUACACCAAACUCCAGAAUUGGCCUCACCAAUGCCUUGUACAAUUUUAACAUUACAUCCCAACUUCUAUACUCAAACCAUAAAUAUCAUAAACUGGGUAAAUAUCAUAAACUGGGUAUUGAAAUGACGUUGAGCCCUUGUUGUUCCACACGUUCCAUUCCUCACCGGUUCAGCGUGUAUAUCUCUGUAGUAAACCACCUCUCGUUACUACUGACUAAGGAAAAUAAUGAUUCACUGUCUACUGAAGGUAGCCGACUGUAACGGUGCUUGUGGGACACAGUUGAAGAAUUUUCAGUCGCAGAAUAAAAGCAUCAAACGAUAGACUGGAAAGAAUGUGCAGGAAGGAACUGCAGAUGCUGGUUUAAACCGAAGAUAGACACAAAAUGCUGGAGUAACUCAGAGGGGACAGGCAGCAUCUCUGGAGAGAAGGAAUGGGUCAAGACCCUUCUUUAGAUACAGUCACCCAUUCCUUAUCUACAGAGAUGCUGCCUGACCCGCUGGUUAAAAAAAAGCCCCCGUCCCACUUAGGAGACCUAAACAGCAACCUCUGGUGACCUUGCCCACCACCCAAGGUUUCCAUGAGGUCUCCGGAGGUUUUGGUCACUCUCCCUAAUGGUGGAAAGUGGUUCCCGUGUGGUUGAGGCUUCAUCUAGGUCGCUGCUAUUUGUUCAUCGUGAUUAAAACCGGCCUCGACUACAAAUAGGUUGCCCUGUUAAACACCGAUCAUUUUUUAGUGGCAGGUCUAGUCGAAACCGGUUUUCUUCAUAGUUGAGGAAGGUUUUCAACAUGUGCGUGGGAGGUGGUAGCAGGUUGCAGGUCACCUCGACCUUGACGGGCAAGGUCACCAGAGGUUGCUGUUUAGGUCUCCUAAGUGGGACAGGGGCAUAAUUACUCCAGCAUCUAUUACUCGGUUUAAACAGGCAUCUGCAGUUCCUUCCUACACAUUGUUCACAGAACUGGUCACUGCUUUUAUUUCGGGUACUCAGGAUACAUAAACUGGACUACCUGAGAGCAAACAUAACUCUACUGUAUCCAUUGGCCUUUAACUCUAUCCAUGUUGAUCACAUAGAAUUAUAUAACUUUGCACUCAAAGACACUGCCUUGGCAACCGUGUGUAUGCAUUACUUAAAAUAGCAGAAAUAUUUCACAAGAAAUUGUUAAUUGUUACUGAACUCUUGUAGGCUGGAUGUAUAUUUGCAAAUAUUAAAACAAAAUAAAGAACAUUCAAUGCAAGUU